UUCAGACAUCAUCUGACAUGGACUUACAUGAGAUAAAAUGAUGGACAAGGAAUGCUCAGAUUUUUUGAUGCCAUGUCUAUUUUUUCUUUCUUUUUACUCAUUUAUUAAACAGUUCAACUAUUGUCAAAGUUGGAAAACAUUUUGGCAUUAAAACAUGAGUUCAGAUUUUUUAGAUUUUAUUACUUUGGAUUAAUAAAGUAUUUUUUAUUCAUGCAUACGGAAUUUUUUCCCCUUAACAUUGUUAUGAAAAGUGCUAAAUAACAUGCGUAUGUUUAUGUUUGUGCAAAUCUCAGGUUAAGUAUAAAGCGUUUUGCAUUACAGAGACAUGUCUGCUGCUUUUGGUAUUUCCAUCAAACCAAAGAGGAAUGUAACAAGCAGCUGUUGGGAGCACAGACUGAACAAGACAACAGCAGCAGUGUGAAAAAAGGAAACCUCAUUUGAGUUUUAAUCACCUUUUUCUGUUACAUGAAGAUUUCCAAUGCGAUGGAAGUAAAACAGUUUUAUUUACUGCUGAAUAUUUGGGAAGUUUGAAAAUUAUUAAGCAGAAUGUGAGUUGGUCGUGACACUCGUCAUUCAUAAGAUUCAGUAGUUUGUUGGUACAAGACUAGGAGGGGCUCUCCUCCUCAGUCUUGCACCUCGUGCUGAGAGAGAUUCAGUUGCAGUGUCACCCCACACCGUCCAGUCUACCAGGAAGCAGCCCCUGACUGUGCGAUUGGCAGCGGCAUCAGGAGUAGCAGUCUGUCAGCCACAAUGUUUUCUUUUUUUCUGGCUGGGGAGAGGUGAUGGAUCUGCGCUUCGAUCCCGGAAUGGACACUUCAGAGCCCGGCGUGUUUGUACUUGUAGGUACGCUCGGUGGUAGUGAGCACCAUCCAUCCAGCCACGGUGCGCAUGGGUUUCACUGACUCCAAUUUCUACCACACAUCCCUGCUGGACAAUGAUUGUGUGUGCAGCUGUGGGUUUCCGUGUUCUUGUGCUUUGAUAAAUGACUAUUUAUCACCCCCCCCUUUUUACCAUAUUUACUGACAGAAGAUCAUUUAAUUGUUGGCAGCAGCACGCAUCGCCUACCCAUCCAUCCAUCUAGGUAUCUAGGCUUUAUAAUCUGUCACAUGUAGGCUCGAUUCCAUUUUUCCGUUUGCAUUUACCAGAAUUUCCACCAUCAGUAUAGACCAGGUCAGAAAUGCCCCUUCAGUGUUGGUAGCUCACAUCCUUCCAGUUUUCAUAAAAAUCGUCGGGAUCUCGGUGAAUCGAGAUGGAGAACUGGAGCCGGACAGCAACCGUUGGGGAUGGUGCAGUAAAUUUCACAGCAGCCCACCUCUUGCUGGAUCUCCUGAACGCUUCGAGCCCGUCCACCCGGUGGGACAGCAGCCCCCCUGCAGAGGGUAGCAGACCGGACGAGCAGCAGCGCCUCAGCCGAGAGCAAGCCUACCGGGACUUCACCACAACCGUUCAGGUUUUCAUCCUCAUAGGUUCCCUGCUCGGUGUUCCUGAAGUGCCAGGUAAUGCCACUGUGUUGUGGUGUACAUGCUGCACGAGCGUCUUUAAGUCUGUGACCAAUCGAUUCAUCAAGAACCUGGCCUGCUCUGGUAUCUGUGCCAGUCUGGUGUGCGUACCCUUCGACGUGGCCCUCGGAGCCAGCCCACGCUGCUGCCUGUGGCUUCACACGCUUCUGUUCUGCAAGGCCCUUAAAUUCCUCCAUAAGCUCUUCUGCUCCGUCACCGUGCUCAGCUUCAGCGCCAUUGCACUUGACAGAUAUUACUCGGUGCUGUUCCCAUUAGAGAGGAAAAUCUCUGAUGCAAGAUCUCGAGAUCUGGUCAUCUACAUCUGGGUCCACGCAGCUGUUGCCAGCCUCCCUGUGUUUGCUGUGACCAAUGUGACGGAUGUCUACGUUACCUCAUCCUGCUCCGAUGACCAUGCCCUCUCCCUGGGUCACAUGGUGUAUGUGUUGAUUUACAACGUCACCACUGUGAUCCUUCCCUUGGCCCUGGUCUUCCUCUUCAUGCUUCUGAUCCGCCGAGCGCUCAGUGCCAGCCAGAAAAAGAAGGUGAUCAUUGCUGCACUGCGGACGCCACAGAAUAGCAUCUCCAUCCCGUACGUGUCCCAAAGAGAAGCUGAGCUGCACGCCACCCUGCUAGCUGCUGUGUUGGCUUUUUCAGCCUGCAGCACCCCCUAUGGGGCUUUGGUGGUCUAUCGUACCAUUUUGGCAGACACUCAAGAUCUGCCUGUCUCACUGUAUCUCACUGCCCUCUGGCUCCCAAAGGUGUCCCUGUUCACCAACCCUCUACUGUUUCUCACCAUUAACCGUUCAGCACGUCACAGCUGGCUGGACCUGCUAGCCAGGAUCCACAGACGUUACAGUCGCCGUAACGUGGUUAGUACUGGGGGUCUGGUUUCUUUAGGGGCAGAGGGUGCAAUUGGGGAGCCAGUGGGGCUGGAAACAGCUGGUCGAUCUGGGAGCCAGCUCCUAGAGAUGUUUAACAUUGGCCAGCAGCAGAUCUUCAGACCCUCUGAGGAGGAAGAAGAGGAGGAUGUGGAGAAUGAGAAUGAGAUCCCCUCUCAAGGGCCCAAAGAGGACCAGAAGGGUAGAUCAAGACUUGGGAGCCUUAGAGGUGAUGUGAAUACAAAAAAAGAGCCUGAAAGAGGGCUUGUCAUCACCAAGGAAGUCCCUCCUGCAAUCAUAGCACCCCGUGCAUCUCCGGUUCACACAUGUGCUUAUGCCUCCUCAUCACAGGUGGCACCUGCGACACCGACUGACGCAGAAGACUCCCCACAGUUUGGUUUUGGACCAUUUGAACUGCCUCCUCAGUGGUUACCUGAGACCAGGAACAGCAAGAAGAGGCUGCUGCCUCCACUGGGUAACACACCUGAGGAGCUGAUCCAAACCAAACUACCGAGGCCGCGGCCCGAACGCCGGAUUAGCAGGAACAACAAGGUUAGCACAAUCCCCACCGUAGACCCGUGAUCUACUCUACUGGCCUCUGAACUGCUCACUGUAAACAAAUCAGUGCAUUGUAUCCCUCUUGGAUCAGCAGGCCUGGUAAGAUUAAGAUCUAGGGUUUGUUACAACUAUAGAAGUUUAGAUUUUCCAUGGACCUAAGCUAACAUCGGUUACCUAAGGUAUUCCAUUUUUAUACAAGAGAAAAAUCAAUUUGCUUUCAAAUAUUUAUAAUGUGAGAAGCACAUUUGUUUAACUUCAUCGCUGAUUUGACUGACCCAGUUUUAUAAAAGAGGAAUUCUGCAGUGGCUUCAUGACUGAACAAGUAAGUAUCUUUAAGGAUCCCUUGUUAAAAAAAAACAUAACAAAAUCAGACUCUUUCAAAGGGAUGCACUAAUUAAAUAUAUUCCCACUGCAAAUAAUCAAGUGAGAUUACUGGACCUCUGAACAAAACAUCAUGUGAGAUGAAUAUGCUGUGACUGGACUCUGUAUAUGACCGCAUCUCAGUUCUUUCACUUAUCCCUACAUGGGACUAUUUUUAAUAACCAAGUUUUACUUAAAUAUUUGAGAUUUGAUGCCUUGUCUCCCACUUACAUUCCUUUUUUUUAAAUAUUCACAUCCUUUCUAGUGUAUAGAUGUUGUUUGUACUGUAAGUGUAAAUUUUGAAUGCAAAUGUACAUCAUGCAAAUACAUGCUUAAAAUGAGUUUAACUGGUUUUGCUUUGUUUUCUGGAACUAAAAAUGCAUCAUUUCCUGACCAUCAUUUGCUCAUUCAGAUAACUUGAAAAUAAAACGAGAAAGAGUGGCGAUGCAAAAGCAGUAGAAGCUUUUGUUUAAAUCCCUCUGACUGACA